AUGGUAAAUAAUCACACUAGUGAGAAUAUUGCCACAGAAAUAAAUUGUAUAAUGAAAGAUUGGGACAUUGUUGAUAAAGUUGUAACCAUAGUGACAGAUAAUGCAUCUUCAAUGAUUAAAGCUUGUCAACGUCUGGUGACAUAUUUUAAAAACAGUAAUAUAGCAACGAAUCAACUAAUAACAGAGCAAGAAAAUCAAAACAAAAAACCACUCAAAGUUAUUCAAGAAGUUCCUACUAGGUGGAACAGUAUGUAUCAUAUGAUUAAAAGAAUACUGGAACUUAAAAAUGAUAUAACAAUUGUAUUAUUAAGAUUGCCUAGUGCACCUACAGUAUUGACUUUGGAAAACACUUUAGUUCUUCAAGAUUUAAUUGAAAUAAUGAGUUGUUUUGAUGAUGCAACCAAAAAAGUAUCAGGUGAUUAUGUUACCAUUUCAUUGAUUAUACCUUUGGUGUAUGGUAUAUAUAACCAUCUUGUAAAUCUACAACCAAGUACUUCGGAAGGAAAGAUUAUUUUACAAAAUAUAGUGGAAAGUGUUAAAACAAGGUUAUUUCCUUAUGAGGAACGCACAUUAACCCGUUUAGCCACAGUAUUAGAUCCGAGACUGAAAAAAGAGGCAUUUAGAUCUUCUGAUAAUGCUAAAUGUGCAGUUUCUCUACUUUAUUAG